CCUUGUGGGCUUCCUGGUCCUCAGCUCCGCCUAGCCUCGAUCUGGCCGGACAGGGGAAACACUUCUCAGUUGAAGAACAAAAGCAACAACGGACUGGCCGGAGCGGACGAAGUAACGGCACUCACAUUCAGACCCCAAUCUCCCGGACUGGAUCUCCGGGGUCUUCCAGGGCAGGAAUCGGCCCAACACUGAACUCUUCCGACGGGCGACAAACUUGGUCGCGUCGCAUCUUUGUAUUUCGACCGUAAUCCGUCGAGAUACUUGAUAAAUAAGACAAGGGUCAAACAGACAGACGGACGGUAUUGUUUCCCUGCUCUUCCCCCAAACUUCGGCCGUUAAAAGCGGACCGGAAUAAGGGGGUUUUGUGGAUUUCUUUUGUUCCCGUCUGGCUCUCGCGGAUCCCGGGGAUAAAGGCUUGUUUGGACAUUUUCGGUUUCUCUUGUGGUGUCUGCCUUUGUGACGAGGCUUCGCUCAUCUUUUUCAGCACUGAGAACUUGGAAGUGGAACAAAGCCAGACUGGGAAGGGGUGAAAGCUUCUUUGAUAUACCAGAUGGCAACCUACAACGAACACAACGGCAGAGCUGAAAAACACGAGGAUCUGGAGGACUCCAUUAAAAGCAACGAGACGGAACUCGAGCGAACACAUGAAGCUAAGCGAACCCCAAAGGAUUUGCAUCGCUCUACCAACUCUGCUGACAGCAACGCAGGUGGUGUGGCUAGUUUCACCACUAACCACAAUUCAGUCGUGUGCCUGCCUCUGGUUUCAGAGGGACUGAAACUAGUAUGGACACAAUCAGACCAGACCCGUGAACUCGACGGUAUCCCAGAACUGGUUCAAGCCUUUAAUUUAUUCCCGUACCCGUCGUCCCGUGAGGUUAACACCCUGGCCAGGGUUUGUGCCUUGCCUCUAGACAAAGUUAAGGUGUGGUUUAUGGUCCAGAGAAUUAAAUAUGGCAUCAGCUGGUCCUCAGAGGAGAUUGAGGAGACUAGGCGGAAGCUGUCCGUGCCUGACCUUUAUAAUGACUCGCCUGAAAUAUACGAGGACAGGCCAGGAUUAAAGAGCAAGGGCAAAAGCUGUGAUGACGCUAUGAGUGAGGCUAGUGAUGAAGUAGAGGGUUCGUUCUCUAGUUUCAAUAUUCCUAAAAAGAAACCAAAGUGUGAGUCACCGGAUUCCUAUAAACCAGCCAAACCCUCUACUCCGUGUUUCAGUUCCACUCUCCCUCCCCCUCAGGAUUCAUACUAUUACCGCUCACCAGUGGAUAAGCAAGAAAGCACUGCAACCGAUGUGUCCCUUGACCUUUCGGAGUCACCUUCCCAACAGCUCCGUCACAGCCGCUACAAAAAGUCCAAAGUUCAACUCGCUGCCCUUCGCAAGAGCUUCCUGAGGGAGAAUUGGCCUGCGGAGGCUGAGCUUAGACGUCUGCAGGAAGAAACUGGGCUGAGCCGCAACGACAUCCGUAAAUGGUUCAGCGACAGCCGCUACCAGCUUAGGGUUGGCCGAGGAAGCCUGGCAGCAGCCCAGACCUAUUCUCACCACGGUGUUGUUGGCGACAAACCUGAUCCACUAACUCAACCUCUUCCACUUAUCUCUCAAAAGACUCGACAAAACGGCGUCAAGGGCAGUGAAAUGAAGAAUUCACAUUUCUUUCAGACGUUCCUGUCAAACAGCUUGGAAGCAUAUGGUGAAAGAGUUCUUGAAGCAGAAGGGUAUGAUGACGCAGAAGAGCUUUCUGGAGAUGGGGAUAGUUUCAAAGACGAGGAGCAAAGUGACGAACCAUUGCAACUGACCAAGCCCUGCAAGACUGAGCCAGAUGUUUCAAGUGUUGUAAAAUGCUCUCCUGACUCCUCCCCCUCUGACAGCCCAAUACCGACAGUCUCGCCCGUUAAACGACUUCCAAACAGCGUUACCACAUCAAAGAAGUCAAUCCACUCAGCCAAAACCAGCCCCUUGCAAACACAGUCAGGAGCCUCCUCGUCCACAUCGCCUGCCCUCACUUCUGGUGGGCGACCACGGAAGACCAAGCAGCAGCUGGACGUGUUAAAGCAGCAUUUCUUGCGCUGCCAGUGGCCCAAGAGUGAAGAGUACACAGAACUAGUAAAACUUACAGGUUUACCCCGGGCCGACGUCAUUCAGUGGUUUGGAGAUACGCGCUAUGCUGUUAAAAACGGCCAGCUGCGGUGGGUGAAGGGGGUCCGAGAUCAGUUUUUGGCAGAACUUGCCGCCCAGCAAAGCGGCAGUGGUUUAUCAAACGGAUCUGGGGUUGGUCGUAAACGCAGAUCUCAAGCCAAUGGAACAAGCACAGAUUCCCCUGAUAUCCAGCCACUGCUCACUUAUUACAAUUCAACAGGCGCACUACAUGAAAAAGACCUUGACUCUCUUUGCAAGAAAUCCAAAAUGAGCUACCAGCAAGUGCGCGAUUGGUUUGCAGCUCAGGAUGCAGUGGAGCCUGACAAAAAACCUAUUGUCACUGAUUAGGACACUGGAACCAGUCUUGGACAUUAUAAAACCCUGUGCAGCGCUCCACACAUCCUUUCCGUCAGUAUGUACAUUUAACUUGGGUUAAAAUUGCUUUAAUUGUAGCAGGUUUCUAAAAUAUGGUCUUCCCAGAACAAGCCUAGUGUGAGGUUUGUGGUUUUUAUAUAUACUGCAUUUCCUGCUUAUUCUAAUAUAUUUGGACUUGAAUUAUAUUUGUGCUGCCUGUGUUGUUGUAAAUAUGACGGUAACUUUUACACUGGUUUGCUAUAUUUUUGAGAAUAUUAUUUUUCUUUAGAUUAUCAGUACCAUGGAUUUUUUUUUUAGUAUGUUUAUUAUAGCAGAAUAAUUUAAAUGGUUGUACUUUUUUUUUUUUUUGGUACCUGUCUGUAGCAGAUAAGUGACUGCUCUGGAAGAAUAUGUGUUGACUAAUUUAGUUACUGAUCACUGUGUGUAUUCAUUCCCUUACAACCAGUAAUUCGUUGUCAUGAAAAAGCACACUGGACAUGUACACUUUAGACUGACAUCCUGUACUUUGGUUUUAGAGCCUGCUGCCGUUAUGCUGAUUAAAACAGAUUCUUUAAAACAUCUGAAUUUCUAACUAAAUAUUGUCAUUUUUGAUCAUUAACACUGAAAACCCAUGCAUCUUAAAACACCAUGACACAACAAACUGUUAUCUUGACAUUUUACUUAACACAUUCCCUGUUUCUGUCCUUGAAAUCAUUUCACUUCAUCAUAUUCAUUGACUGUACCUUUAACAGUGGUAAGAAGGCAGAAGUCACAUUAGCAUUAUACAGAUGUCAUGAAUGCGAACUUAAAACUUUGCAUUCAUUAAUUCAGUCUGUACUUGUGUUGAAAGGUGUCCAGUUCCACAGUAUCCUCUCCUCACUUUAUCAUAUCAAUCGUGAAUGACCUCUCACGCUUCAGAUCAUAUAGUAGAUACCUGAUGCUGCUAGCAGAAAUGCCACACAGGCCUUUCCAUUUCAGAAGUACUUUGGCUGAGUCAUCUGACCUAAGUCUAGUCUUAUUCCUGCCCAUUUCUCUGCAUCCAACAUGUUGAUGAUGGCUGUAGUCGGGGUCAGCACGUUCAUGAAAACGAUAAAACGUCAUGAAAUUUUAAAAUCAAACUUUUAGAGAUUAAAAAACUCCCAUAUUUUGGAGAAAACUGACAUUUAGAGGUUUAAAUGUGUCUGGUUUUUCCCUAUCCUGAUGCAAAAACUGACUAAAUCAAUUCAAAUCUGAUAUUUUAUCGCUCUUUCUAUUUGAGAAAACCUGAUGAGUCUGUAAUGUAAAAAAAAAAAAGAAUUGAUCUUGUGUUUUCCCUAAGUUUGUGGAGGGUUUCAGUACUGGGAUAACUUAAUCCUGUUGUUUUUUUGGACUAAAACAGUAUAUUUUAGCUUAAUUUUGGAUCUGUAUUACCACAGUCCCAUAGUUUACUAGCUUCAUUGCUUUUCUCAAUAUUUGAUGUGAAAAUAAUUAACAUUUAGAUAGUGACGAAGUUCACCAUUUAGAUUUAAUACUGUAAUUUAGCUCUAAUUAUGUUACACUCAUGGUAAUUUAGUUAUUGGUUCUUGAAAAGUCAGGGAAAUUUUUUGAAAUUUUGUUUGUGUAAAUGCGUGGGAAUCCUGCAUGGAUACAGUGCAUCAAAUCCAAUAUUUCACUGACGCGAGUAGACAUUAAAUUAAGCUACUUGAUAAGAUAUAAAUAGAAGGAGGAAAUCCGUCUGUCCUCAGCUCGAGAAAAUAAAAGAAAAUGAAUUAACACAUUGGAGUUUGUAUUUAUCUCUUCUCAAGUAUGUAUAUGUUGAGUUUUAAAGUUAGAAUUCAUGACUGAUUGUGAAUGAAAGAACAGACAUUUCAGAUCCAGGUACGGAGUGCAUGUAGUUCAUUUAUUCCAUGUUAUGUAAGAGGAAAAAGGUCCUCCCUCCACACUUCUGCUGACGUACAGGAAGGAAUAAGUUCAUGAAAAUGUCUGGACAAAGGUUGGAUGACCAGCAUGUUGACAAAACAGUGGGUAGUGCUACAUUUUUCAUUCUAUUAGUCAUUAGAAACAUUAAGUGUAGCGCUGUGCUCCUCUUUUCCUGAUGUUUUUUUUUUUUUUUUUUUUAAUCUUUUUUCCCGUUGCAGUUUUUUUUUUCUCGUUUGCACAACUGUCACUGGAAACCAGUAAAAGAUUUGCUUUUGUAA